UAGUACAGGAUUUGAUGGGUCGAAUAUUUUUGGAAUAAACAAUGGCAUUUCAAAGUAUUUAACCAUUUUUGAUGAUGAUAAGUACCCUCGCCUAGCCAUCACCACCACACACCCAUCUUUCUCCGACCACCCUGGCCGGAAAACUUCAUUCAGGGCAAGUUUCAAGGAGGAAUUUUUUUAGGGUUUAAGAAGAAAUUUGGGGUUUUUUAUAUGAUAUGUUGUACUUGGUGCGUGAGAAUCUAUUUAUAGGGAAUAUAAAUGCAGCUGCAGAAGUACUUUUAGGUGAUGGUAAUGAAGAAAUAACUCAUAUUUUGUCGGUUUUGAGCUCGGCUUCUAUUUCGUUUUUCUCGGAAUGGAAGUCGAGUUUUUCGGUUCCUACCAAAGAGAUUCGGACAGUGUACGUGGAGGAUGAAGGUGAUGAUGAUGAGGAAAAGUUGGAGGGUGAUGGGUCAGAUAAAAGCAGGUUGGGUUCGAAGAAGAUUCGUUAUGUGCUUGAGAAUGCUGGGAAGGAUUUAAAGUUGGUGAGAAUGGCUGUGCCUUUGAGAGAUAUGGAGAGUGAGAAUUUGUUGGAUUCGUUGGAAGUUUGUUUGCAUUUUAUUGAUGAAAGUAGGAAAAAGGGUUCGGUUUUGGUACAUUGUUUUGCAGGGGUCUCGAGAAGUGCGGCCAUCAUCACGGCAUACCUAAUGAGAACUGAACGACUCUCUCUAGAAGAUGCACUUGAAUCGUUACGUCAAAGCCAUGAUUCCGUAGGCCCCAAUGAUGGGUUUCUAGAACAGUUGACCAUGUUUGAAGAAAUGGGUUUCAAGGUUGAUCAUUCAAGUAGUAUUUAUAGACGCUUCCGUUUGAAGGUUCUAGGUGACUCAUAUAACCGGGGAGAGAAAAUUGACAGCUCUAAGUUUGCGGCUGAUCCUGGGUUGGCCAAGAAAGAAGCUUCUAUCGGGACUGGAGCAGCAUCCCAGAAAGAAGAUGUAGUUCCAACGCCUGCAUUUCGCUGUAAGAAGUGUAGGAGAGUUGUUGCAUUGCAGGAGAAUGUUGUUACUCAUGUUCCUGGGGAAGGUGAGAGCUCCUUUGAGUGGCAUAGAAGGAGUAGUCGCAACAACUACAGUAAGUAUGAUGAGCUUGAAUGCACCUCAAUCUUUGUUGAACCCCUUCGUUGGAUGAAAACAGUUGAGGAAGGUGCAUUGGAAGGAAAGCUGUGGUGCAUGCAUUGUGAAGGCCGGCUGGGCUACUUUAAUUGGUCAGGCAUACAGUGUAGCUGUGGGAGUUGGAUCACACCAGCUUUUCAGCUUCAUAAGAGUCGAGUCGAUAUCAGCACUGUCUAAUACUUGUACAUGGUUCUCAUGUUUUUGAGAACUUUUGAUGCCAAUAAUUAUAUACAGAUCACACCUUCAUACUUCUGUUAUUGGCUUCAAUUACAUGAUGUUGGGGAUAUGUAGUUCAUGCAGAAUUUUUCUGGAUGUGUUAACUACAUCCCAUUAUGUCUAAAUGAUACCAUUUCAGUAAAAUGGAGGUUUUGAAUCAGUCUCCAAUAUAAGAGGUUUGAUGCAUGUAUGUUCUGUCCUGGACUUUGUGGAAGCCAGUUUUAUAGUUUUCUUUAUUACAGGAAAUUAUUGAAUGCA